GCAGACAAGUUGACGAGCUACAAGUUUGAGGUCUCCAUGUUCACCAAGAGCAUCAAGACUGCGGAGCGCUACGUGUGCGGCCCGCAGCUGGUGCGCGCCCUCGGGGCGCGAGUCCGGACGACGGUGGAGAGCUGCCCGGACAUCGACACGGUCGACGAGAUCGACAAGGAUGGAGUUUUGAUUGGUUGGAACAAAGUGUUUCAGUACGUAUUGGAGAAGCUGGACUUCACCAGCCUGAAUGAUACGGGCCUCCUCGCGGAGGAGUUCUUCCUGAAGGUCAGCCGGAACUCGGGCGAGACCUUCCAGGACUGGGCCGCCAGAUUCGAGAAGAAGGAGCGGGAGCUGUUGGUGCAGCUCCAAGUCAUUGAUUCCAGCGUGACGGAAGUGAUUGCGAAGCCUCUUCGGACUUGGUGGUUCCUUCGGAAGUCCAAGCUACCCCCUGUUCAACGUGGAGAGAUCACCGCCACUGCGGGUGGCGACCUCAACUUUGGCAAGACAUACAAGGCGCUGCUCACGCGCUUCCCGGCGGAGGCACUGGCGGAGCUCGACGGCAAGCAGCACCGUAAGGCCUUCUAUGAGGACACGCACGUCGACGACGUUGAGGACGAGACUGGUGGUGAAGAUAUUGAUUUCACAGAGGUUGUCGAGCAGCUGAUCACCCUCGCUGAAGAAGAUGAAGAAGAGGAGCCAGCUGACGACAACCCAGCGGACAACGAGGUGUUCGCAGAGUUCAAGCAGGUGGGCAGGAGCUUCAAGGACGCCCGCGACCUGAUCCGACGCCUUCGAGUGUCCCGCGACUACUACCCGGUCGUGUCGCUCAAGGACCCCGAUCGCGUGCCCCCGCCUCCGAACCCAGGACGAGGCUUCCAGCGUGGCCGUGGCAAGAACGGUCGAGGCCGCGCUCGCUUCGACACGGGCAAGGGACGUGACAUGUCCAAGAUGAAGUGCAUCGCGCGCGGCGAAUAUGGUCAUCGAGCGGCGGACUGCAGCGAGAGGUUCAAGAAAGAUAAUACGAGGGAUGGAGCUCGUGGGACUACUCACAACGGCUUCGUCCUGUCCGCCAUCGACGAGUACCUCUACCUCCUGGAGCGCGACGGCAUCUGUGCGAUCCUCGACAUCGGGGCCACGAAGAGCCUCGGCGGCCUCGAGAGCGUCGAGAACCUCAUGUACGAGAUGCUGGACCAGCACGGCCAGGAGUUCGAGACGACACAUGACGAGUGCUCAUUCACCUUCGGCGACGGCCUCCAGAAGAGCUCGAUGGGCACGGUGAAGGGGAACGCGUUCCUCGGCGGCGACCUGACCGAGGUCAAGCUGUCUGUGAUGCCGAACCGCGUGCCGAUCCUCCUGGGCAUGGACAUUCUGACUGACUCGCUGAAGGUGGUGGUCGACUGCGGCCGGAACUGGAUCGGCCUUCCGACCAUGGGCAACAAGGUGUUCUUCUGCGAGCGCCUCUCGAGCAACCAUCUGGCCGUCAACCUGACGACGCCGCAGUGGUGGAAGGAGGUGCCGCUUUCCCUGCCGAGUGCCGGGUGCCUGACGUCCGAAGCGACGGCGCCUGAUGUUCUGGUCGAGGAGCUGCCCGAAGAGGCCGCUCCGUGCAUCCGAAACACCUACCAGAGCGACGGAAACCUCGGCGGCGCGGACACCUACCAGAGCGACGGAAACUGCGACACGGAGCGGAUCGACUCGAGCGACAGAAACCUCGAUUUCGUUCGGACGGACGGUCAGGGGAUCGACAACUUCGGCUCCAGCGACCCCGACGCCAGCAUCAGCAGCAACACCAGCUACUCCGGCAAGAGCCACACGUGUACGAAGGCGACGGAGGUGACCAUCCGGGAGCAGGCAGUGGCUCUACGCUGGCGGCGUCUGUCCAACAAGCUGAACUCCCCGGAGGUGCAGGGGGGCUGGAAGUUCACUCCGGAGAUGCUCGACGACUCGGAACUGCCGGAGAUGGACUCGAAGAGCCACGACAAGGUCCUGGACGAGAUCUACCAGACCAUCGCCGAGGACCUGACGGAGCUCGGCAGGCCCUACCGCAUCGACCUGAUGGAGGUGUGCUGUCCGGAGGACUCGAGCCUCAGCAAGGCCGUGCAGGACCAGGGAGGCAAAGUGUUCAGGUGCGGCCUCUUCAAUGGGAUCGACAUGGGAACGGCAACCGGGCUUCGACGCGCGCUUCACCUUCUCCGACGACUCCGACCGCGCCGCUUGGUUCUCAGCCCGCCAUGUACAGCAGACUGCCCGAUCCAGAAUCUCAACCAGAAGACAGUUCAGCAGAAGGCCACGUAUCUGGCGAAGGUGCGCAAGGCCCGACGGAUCCAGCGGAACUGCAAGAGCCUCUGGGAAGACUCGAAGAAGAUUCACGACUGCCACACCGAGCUCGAACAGCCAGCUUCCAGCCGAAGCUGGACCAGGGGCGACAACCACACACACCGCUCCAUCGAGGACGGACAGGUGGUGGCCCAGACGGCCUUUUACCCACCAGCACUGUGCAAGGCCUGGGCAAAGCAUAUCCUGAAGACGAACACCAGCGCGAGGUACGGCAAGGAGAUCUUCACCAACUUGGAACAGAUCCCAGAGGACGCUGAAGAGGAGAUGGAGGAGGCCCUCGACGAGGACCUCUUGCAGGAUAACCCCGAGGCCAUGGACGACGAGUCGGUCAUGAAGGGCCUGGGCAUCUCCGAGACACCGACCAAGAAGGAGGAGCUGGAGAUAGAGCAACGGCUGACGCGGCUCCACCGCAACCUCGGCCACCCGAGCAACAAGACGCUGUACAAGAUCCUCAAGGCAUCGGGAGCACCUCUCCAGGUCCUACGAGCAGCUCUUCGCCUCCAGUGUCACGCCUGCCACGCGGGACAACUACCAAAAGCCGUAAGGGUCGCCUCGGGCAUCGAGUUGCCAGGCGUCCUAGAGGUGCUGGCCUCCGACGGGCUCGAGUGGCUCUCGCCGAAGCAGGACUCCUUCCUGAUGACGUUGAACAUCGACGAGGGAUCCGGGCUCACCAGCGUCACCUAUCAUGGACAGAAGGGAGAGCGCAAUGGCAACAGAUCGACUCAGGCCCACUGGCUGAUGGGCAAGGUCGAGAGGCGCAUCCAGCUCUUCAAGCGACUGAUGACGAAGCUGGCAACGCUGGACCCCGACUGCCCGGUCGAGGAGUUGGUGUCCUGGGCCGUGAGCGCGAUCAACAGCAUGGACAAGGUCGGCAACCACUCCCCGUUCGAGCACGUGAUGGGCGUCUCUGGGAUGCCGGCCUCGAGCAACCCGUUCGCCAUCAUUGACGGGGACACCGGGGAGACUCAGGAGCAGAGGCGCCUCCUCGCGCGCAAAAGCUUCCUGGAAGUAGAGUAUGCUGAGCGUCGUCGACACGCCGAACAGGCCCGCAACCGGGUCUAUCAGACCUGGAAUCCGGGGGACCUCGUCUACUUCUGGCGCAAAGGGAAAGGCCUUGACCCUCGCCCUGGGAAGAAGGGCGGAUGGUACGGCCCUGCUCGUGUCCUUGCUCAGGAAAAACGACACGUGGACGGGCGCACCCGUCCUACCUCGGUCAUCUGGAUCUCCCACGGGAGCGUGCUCAUCAGGUGCGCCCCGGAGCAGCUGCGCGUCGCCUCGGAGGCAGAGAAGAUGAUCGUUGAAUUGCAGCGGCAGAGCAACCUUGGCAAGACCAUGACGGAGAUCUUGGAGACAGCCAAGGGCGGUACCUAUGAAGACCUUCUCGGACAAAAUCCUCCAGACCUCCGAGAAUACGAGCCUCCACCGCAGCCGACGAUGGAGAUUCCCGCGACCGAGGGCCAGACUCUCGAGAACAACAGCGAGGCGGGACUCCCCUCAGGCGAGUCGAGACCUCGAUGGCGCAUGUCACACCGCGGACCAGAGCUCGAUCUGCACGCACCGCCGGAGAAGCGACAGAAAGGCGCCGACGAGGAGAUGGCCGACGCGCUGCUCGACAGCAACCACCUGGUCGACCUCUUCAAGGACAAGCUGGACAUCACCCUCGGCAUCGACGAACAGCAGACCGUCUACUUCGAGUACUUGCAGGACGAGAAUACCACUCCAGACGGACGCCGAGGUUUGAUGAGCCACAUCCUGGACAGCUUCGUCGUCAACCAGCGCCGGAAGGACAAGGUGGAGCUGACCUGGUCCAAGAUGAACGCCACCGAGCGUGAGGAGUUCGAGGCGGCCAUCGCCAAGGAGACGAACAACUGGGUCCAGCAUCAGGGACUUCGCGCUGUCCCGAUAUCUCGGGUCAAGGACGCGGCGGACGUCAUCCGGGCAAGGUGGCUCUUCACCCGCAAGUCCGAUGGGAAGGCGAAGGCCCGGCUCGUCCUCCUCGGCUACCAGACGAAGGACCUAGGACAGGAGCCGACAGCCAGCCCCACCGCGUCUCGGCGCGCCCGUCACGUGAUGCUAACAGUGGCCGCCGCGAACCGCUGGAAGCUCAUCAAGGGCGACGUCACCUCCGCCUUUCUGCAGGCCCACGACCUCGACAAGGACCUCUUCAUCGAGCCAGACGCCGUCCUCAGAAAGGCCUUCCACGUGCAGGAAGGGGAAAUCCUCCAGGUCGUGAAACCUGGAUAUGGGAUCGGCGAGGCGCCCCGGCACUGGUGGGAGACGGUCAAGCACGACUUUGCGAAACUUCGACUCCAAGCCUGCGAGUUGGAGCCCUGCCUCUGGAAAGCACGAUGUUCCAGGACGGGCAUGCUCAUCGGUAUGAUCAUGGCCCACGUCGACGACUUCAUCAUGGCAGGAGAUACCUCCCACCCUGAGUGGCAGGACAUGGUCAAGCAGAUCCGAGGGCUCUACAAGUGGGGCACCUGGGAGGACAUGAAUGACGGGCUCACCUCUCUCGAACAGUGCGGCGUCACCCUCGAGGAGAGCGAGCAGGGCUUUUUCCUCCACCAGAAGUCGUACAUCGACAAGAUCAAGGAGGUCAAGGCGGCCAGCGGCAGUAAGCAUCGGACCACCGACAGCCUCAAGGACUCUGACAAGACGGUGCUCAGGGCGUUCUGCGGCGAGAUCUACUGGCUUGGCGUGAAUACCAUGCCAUUUCUUUUAUCGUGGGUAGCCGACCUCCAGAUGAAGAUACCAGCAGGUACCCACAACCUCUUCACGGCCGCUAACAACAUCGUCAAGCUCGUCAAGCAGAGCCGCCACAUGGGGAUCAGGAUCUACCGGCACGCCCUGGACGACCUCGCCAUCUUCACCUGGUGCGACGCAGCCUGGGCCAGCCGCCCGGAUGGACACUCCCAGGGUGGUCAUAUCACCGCUAUCUCCUCCAAGGCGGCCAUGGACGGGAAGCUCUCCGAGUUUACGGUCCUCGACUGGGGCUCCAAGAAGCUGCGCCGCGUGGCUCGGUCAAGCCUGGCGGCGGAGGUGCAGGAAGCCGGCGACGCCGAAGGCGAACAGAGCAUG